CGACACAUUAAGAGGGUUGACCAUGGAAUCGAACAAUUCAUGUACUUCAGGCUUUCUACACACCGAUAGUAGCUUUGUUGAAGAGUUUGAGAAAAUGGAAUAUUGCGACAAAGUAUGGCGCUUUAAAGGAAUUUCUGAUGUGUCUGGCAACAAUAUUUGCUUAUCUUGGAAUAUUUCGGUCAUUGUGGAUGGAGAAGAAUGCAAUAUUAUCUCGAAGUCUAAUUGUCACCAUGAUGAGAAAGACCAAUACAAUUUUACCUGUUUCAAAGGAAAUACACGAACAAGCCCCUCCAAUGAUAAAACUACUGAGCAAUUUACUAGUUCCUAUGACAAUGAGGACGAAGGAGAUGAUGAAGAUAGCAGUGAUGAUGAUGAUUAUGAAAGUGAUAAAGAAAGAAAUGAAAAUGAUGAUGAAAUUAUCCCUUACUGCCAGACUGUACUCGAUGACAACAGGGAUACAUCUAAAAAAGAUUUCAGAAAAUGCAAGUUAAAUUAA